UAUCAUUUAUUUCCCGAGAGUAAACAUUUUUUUUCUCCUGAGUUCUCAAACGGUUGUUUCUUUUUUCUCGAAGGGUUGUUUCCAUGGCUGCUUCUGCUUCUUUGAUCACAGCAGGCUUACUCUCUGUUCCUUCUCUCCAUCUGAAUGAUCAGGCAAAUCAUGUUAGGUUUGGUGCCAUGCCAACGAAUACACUUUUAACUCAGAAUUACAAAGCACUCGCCAGAAAUAGUAGAAGAAGAAGUCGCCAUUUGAGUGCAGUGUCUAAGAUUUCUGCUGGUGAGGAGACUAUAGUUAAAGAAUCUGGAGCUGCGAAAAGUGGUAAUGAUAUUGGCAUUCUUAGUAUCCACCAUGUUGGACUGCUAUGUGAAAACCUUGAGAGGUCACUUGAGUUUUAUCAGAAUCUUUUAGGUCUUGAGAUAAAUGAAGCAAGGCCAAAUGAUAAACUCCCCUAUAAAGGUGUUUGGUUCUGGGUAGGUUCGGAAAUGAUUCACUUGAUGGAACUUCCAAAUCCCGAUCCAUUAGCAGGACGUCCUGAACAUGGAGGAAGAGACCGUCAUACAUGUAUCGCAGUUCGAGAUGUAUCGAAGCUCAAAGCUGUUUUUGAUAAAGCAGGCAUUCCCUAUACAUUAAGUAAAUCUGGAAGACCUGCGAUCUUUGCUCGAGACCCGGAUGCAAAUGCCCUUGAGUUCACACAAGUUGAUAAUUAACUGAGCAUUAGGGGGAUGGCUUUGAUCUGGAAGCAGAAAAAGACCCACUUUGGGUUAACAAGGCCCAGGUGGAAAUAAGCUUCUUUUUUCAGCGUCUUCUUACAAACCAAAAAACAUCAAAGAUAUAUUGCUGAAUUAUUUAGAUUGCGGGGACAAAAGAUGAAUAAUCUAAGGGUUGAAUACAAAUUUUUUUAUUCUUCUGUUCGGACGAUCUUUAAGGUUUGACCCAUUUUUACUUUGAAUCUGAUUACUUUAUAUACUAAUUAUCUUGUUAGAUCUAAAUAGAAAUACAAAUCAUUAAUGCGAUCGCGCAAGAAUCGUUUUUUUUU